UAUGGAUAGAAGAAUUUACACAAUGAGUGAUUACUGGAGAAGUAUACAAGUCCCUCUGUUUCAUAUUAAAAACUGCUCACUCUUAAAUAAAGAAUUCAAGCUUUACGUUUCCUUGUCAUUAGGUGAUAAAAAUGUAUUACUAUUCUCUCGUUCAUUUUUAUUUGUCUAUUUUGAACUUUAGUAGAACAAAUAAGUGGGAGUUAGUUUUUACCGGUGAGUGCUAUGUAUGAAAGCUUGCUUCCCUCCAUUAAUGCAUGGUUUGCAAUUCAAACUUUAUACGUGACCUCCUUUCCUUUCGCCUUUUCCUUCUCUUCCUCUUCCUCCUAUUUAUAUAUCCAUUCAUCAUUUCUCUUUACAACAAACGACAAUGGCCUCAUCAUUUUCCGAUUUCAUUUCUUUCAUCAUCACUGUUUCUUUUCUUCCUAGUGCUCUCUGUCGUCCCUCGAUAACUUCUUCGCUUCCACAUUCCCAAAUCCUCGAUGUAUCAAAAUCAAUUCAGAACACUCUUCAAGUACUCUCUCUCAAUAUCAAGUCUCUUCAACAACAACAACAACAACAACCGCUUUAUUCUUCUUCUUCGUCGUCGUUGUUGUCUUCCUCUGCAUUAUCUAUAUCAAUCUAUCCUCGUUCUUCUCUAGUGAAACCCCAACACACAGACUAUACAUCUCUCACUCUCUCUCGACUCGCUCGUGAUUCAGCCCGAGUGUCCUCACUCAAUGCGAUGCUUCAACUUUCUCCCACUAAUUUUACUUAUUCUCAUCGCAAAUCGGUUCGAACCAUGUCGGGACCUGGAGAAUUUCAGACGCCUCUUAUAUCUGGAACAAGUCAAGGUAGUGGCGAGUAUUUUGCUCGGUUAGGAAUUGGAGAACCUGCGAAGGAAUUUUACAUGGUUAUUGAUACUGGAAGUGAUAUUAAUUGGCUUCAAUGUGAACCCUGUGACGUGUGUUACCAACAAACUGAUCCGAUUUUCAAUCCGUCUGAUUCCUCCACAUACAAUCAGGUCUCCUGCAACUCACCGGUGUGUGCGGCACUUGAACUCUCGGGCUGUUAUACCGAUACUUGUAUGUAUCAAGUCUCCUAUGGAGAUGGUUCGUUUACAGAAGGGGAAUUAGCGACUGAAACGGUGUCGUUUGGAGACUCUGGAUCGUUCCCUAAUGUUGCUAUAGGCUGUGGCCAUGAUAACGAAGGGUUAUUUACCGGGUCAGCUGGGUUGUUAGGUCUCGGCGGCGGCUCAUUAUCUCUUCCAUCUCAAGUCAAAGCAACGUCGUUUUCCUACUGCCUAGUAGAUCGCGAUACUGAUUCUUCGUCGACUUUGGAAUUCAAUUCGGCCGGACCCAGUGACUCGGUGUUUGCACCAUUACUACGUAACUCGAGGAGGGACACUUUUUUCUACAUAGGUCUGGAAGGAAUCAGCGUCGACGACGAGAUGUUACAGGUUCCGGCGAGUAUUUUUCAGGUGGACGAUAAUGGGAGGGGAGGAAUUAUCGUGGAUUCUGGAACAGCGGUGACUCGUUUGCAGAGCAGUGCUUACAGUGCUUUACGUGACACGUUCGUGAAAUAUGCUCAGAAUUUGCCGUCAGCCGGGGAAUUCGAGUUGUUUGAUACUUGCUUUGAUCUGUCGUCGAUGAGCACGGUGAACGUUCCCACGAUGGCGCUUCAUUUCUCCGGUGGGCAAACGCUGCCGUUGCAAGCUCAGAAUACGGUGGUUCCGGUUGACUCGUCGGGGAAGUACUGCUUAGCGUUUGCUCCGACGGAUGAAUCAAUGUCGAUAAUCGGAAAUGUACAGCAGCAGGGAAUACGUGUGAGUUAUGACCUGAGCAAUAACCUUGUUGGAUUUAGUCUUGAUAAAUGUUAAUAGUGGAAAUAGCUGCGCGUUAAAAUAAAAAGACUUGUAAGUAUAAAAAAGGAAAAGAGACAGAGAACUGAUCCAAUAAAAUAUUUGGUGUGCUAUAAUGUUAUUAUCAUCUUAACGGUGUGAUGACUUGGUUUGGUAAUAGAAUUUUCUUUAGUAUCCAGGCUCCAACGGCAACACAGGUUGGUGUGAUGAACUUUGAUAGAAAUUCUUUUCUUAUCCGAAGGCUCGAAUUUUAAAUAUAUCACAAUACAUGUUGAUGUAAUGAAUUACAAUAGAGUUUUGGAAAACUUUCACAUA